AUGGAUGCCGACUCCCUCUUCAUCUCCGAUGGUGUCGACUUGCAGUGGGCCUGUGACCUUGGAAAAGACUUUGUGUUUGCAGGAGACCUCAACGUGGUCUUCAAUGCCGGACACUUCCUGGCUCGCCGGGGCGCGUGGGCUGAGCGAUUCCUGAGCGAUGCGUUUCGAAUCCACCCGUGGCCCGAUUGGGAGGAUAACGGCGCCAUGAUGAUUUUGCUGGGUGGGGGAUGCGCAGACGAGCCCAGCAGCUGGCGAGCGGCCUUCGAGCGUAUGAAGGUACCGACCAGGAGCCCUGGAGAAUGCCACAGAGCCAUGACACAGCUGCUACCGCGCAACGUGGCGGAGCACGUCCAGGUCGUCCCUCAACACUU